AUGUCCAAGGCAGUCAGAACAGCAGCAGACGAAAUCUGGAAAAACAGGGUUGAGAAGAUCAAUGUGGAGUUGUUCACACUAACCUACGGCUCUGUUGUGUCGCAGUUAUGCAGAGACUUGAACAACAACUACUGUGAGGUCAACAAGCAGUUGGAGAUCAUGGGUGAAAACAUCGGCGUGAGGUUGAUUGAAGAUUUCCUAGCGAGAACUGGGGCUGGACGCUGCAACUCCUUUAAAGAAACUGGCGAGAUUAUUUCUAAAGUUGGAUUCAAAAUCUUUUUAAACAUAGUUCCCCAGGUGACAAACUGGACAGACAAUGGCAAGCAGUUUAGUUUGGUGUUUGAUGAAAAUCCUCUAGCUGAAUUUGUUGAAUUGCCUGAUGAUGGCAAAGCUGUGAAGGAGUUGUGGUACUCCAACGUUCUAUGUGGCGUGUUGAAGGGUGCUCUACAGAUGGUUCAACUUGAUGUUGAUGUCUCUUUUGUGAGCGACGUGCUUCGGGGCCACGACCAAACUGAAAUAAAAUUGAGACUCAUCAGGUAUUUGAAAGAUGAAAUCCCAGCUGGCGAAGAUUAG